AUUAUAUUGCAGGCAAUAAUGGGCGUAUUAUACAGGGUUGAAUCCCUAGGUCUCAUCGAGGAUGCUGAAGCGCAUGAGUUCAAGGAUACCGAAGACUUUAUAAAACACACGGAAAAAAACUAUAAAACUGUACGUAUGUCACAAGGAAGAACUUUAUUAAUCCUAAAUUUAAUACCGAAAAAACUUAUCAUACGAGACUGCAUUUUUCAGGUGUCGACAAACUGCUUCAUCGCCGCUGGUAUUUACAUAGUGAUACUGGGCUGUUCGUUGCUGUGCAUCCACAAGGCGAAUAAAAACGCGAAACUAAAAGAGGCUCAGCUGCUGGAUGACAAACUGAGCUGCACAUUCGAAGUUGUUGAGUUAACGGAGAAGCAAAAGAAAAAGAUCACGUAGG